AUGAGGGCGGUUUCCCGGCCGGGUCGGGCUCCGCCGCCGCCGCUUUUCCUCCUCGCCGUGGCGCUUCUGACGGGGCCCGCGGGAGCCUACAAGCUGAACGUGCCGAAAGUGUUGCUGCCCUUCAGCCGGGAUAAGCGGGUCCCCGUGUCCAGCCUGAGGAACACCGUUCUGGAGCUAGCGUUGUUUGACCAGCACCGGAGGAAAUUCGACAACUUUUCUUCUCUCAUCCUGGAGUGGACCUCGGCCAAUGAAAGCCUGGCUCGCUUCACUCACCCGAGAUCCAUGCAGAUGGUGGACAAGGAUGAUGGGACCGGACAGACAAGGCUCCACGGACACCAGCUGUUGGAGGUCCAUCAGAUCAAAGGGACGGUUCUGAUUGCGGUCAACUUUGUGAAAUAUUCGGAGAGAGGUAGCCCAAAAGAGGUCUCUAACUCUCCCGCUUCUGCAGCUGUGGAGCUCUUGUUGGUUGACGAUGUGACGGUGGUCCCCGAUAACGUCACCAUGUACAACCACCCCGAUGUCAAGGAGGUCUUUGCUCUGGUGGAAGGCUCCGGGUACUUCCUCGUCAACAGCAGCACCCAGGACAUGGCCAACAUCACCUACCUGGAAACGGAGAGCGCCAUCCAAGUAGUUCCAGUUCUGCCUGGUUCUUUGGCCCUGGAGAUCUACGACCUCUGCCUCGCCUUCCUGGGACCGGCUACGGCUUACGUGCGAGUAUCGAACAUGUACGAAUUGGAAGUGGAUUUGAUUGACAAGGUUGAGAUUGGCAAGUCCGUGCUGGUCUCGGUGCGAGUAUUGGGGUCUCACCACUCGGCCUUCCGCAGUAAAUAUUUCACCUACAUGCACCUCCAACUGAAAGCAGCCUCUCCGAUCGUGAGCCUGACGCCGAUGGAGGAACUCGGCGAUUAUUCCGAAGUCUACAUGCUCCGAGCUGUAGCAGUUGGCCAGACGACGUUAGUGGCUACGGCUUGGGACAAAAUGGGAGUCAAAUUCACGUCCCCGCCACGGAAAGUGGAGGUGUUCCCCCCUUUCAGGCUGUUCCCCGAAAAAAUGACCCUCAUCCCCCACAACAUGUUGCAGGUGAUGUCGGAAGGGGGACCCCAGCCUCAGUCGCUGAUCCACUUUUCCAUCAGCAACCGAAGCGUGGCCGAGGUGAACGGGCUGGGGCAGGUCAGCGCCAAGGCCGUGGGCACAGCCGUGAUCCUGGGCACCAUCCGGGCCGUCAACGAAGACACGGGAAAAGUCAUCGUCUUCUCCCAGGAUCAAGUUGAGCUGGAAGUGGUUCAGCUGCGGAUGAUUCGAAUCCAUGCCCCGGCCACCCGACUCGUCACCGGCACCCAGAUGCCCGUCUACGUUGUGGGCCUGACCAGCAGCCUGACUCCCUUCUCCUUCGGCAACUCUCGCCCACCCCUCACCUUCCACUGGGCAGUGAGCAAGCGAGACAUCUUGGACCUUCUCCCCAGGCACUCGGAGAUUUCGCUGGCCCUUCCUCCGGAGAGCAACUUCGCCAUGGCGGUCCGGACCAGUGCCGCGGGCAGGACCAGCCUCAGGGUGGCGGUGCGGACUUCGGACGCUGAAGCCGGACAGUUCGAAGGAAACGUCACCGAACUCUCGGACGAGGUGCAGAUCCUGGUGUUCGACAAACUUCAGCUCUUCUCUCCGGAGUGCCCCGUGGAGCAGAUCCUGAUGUCCAUGAAUUCGCAGCUCAAGUUACUUACAAACAGGGACGGGGCCGCCUUUGUCAGCACCCAGAUCCUGCAGUGCUUCCCGAAUUCCUCGGUCAUCGAAGAGGACGGGCAUGGCCUCUUGAAAGCCGGGGCCGUCACGGGGACAGCGGUCCUGGAGGUGACCUCCCUGGAGCUCUUUGGCGCCAACCAGACGGUCAUCACAGGCGUGCGGGUGGCCCCAGUCUCUUACCUGGAGAUCAGCAGCACCCUAAAACUCUACACUGCCACCCGGGCACCUCUGCCGGCGUUUCCCUUGGGCAUGGCUUUGACGCUGACCGUCCGGUUCUUCGACAGCGCCGGGGUCCGGUUCCACGCCCAGAACAACCAGCUGCACCUGGCCUUGAACAGGGACGACCUCUUGCUGAUCCGGCCCAGCAACCAGAAUUACACCUACACCGCCCAAGCUGUGAACCAAGGCGUGACCCUGGUGGGUGUUUGGGACGAGAGACACCCGGGCAUGGCCGACUACAUUUCUGUCCCCGUGGAACACGCCAUCGGGCCCAAUCUCUCCGCCCCGCUGGCCGUGGGAGACGUGGUCUGCUUCAGCACACCCCUAGUUAACCAGGAAGGAGAACCUGGCACUUGGCAGGUCAGCCCUGGCGACGUGCUGGAGAUGGACGUUGUGAGCGGAGCGACCUUCGCAAAACACCCGGGAAAAGCCACCGUCUUCCACGAAAUCCCGGGGAUAGUGAAAACGUACCGAGAGGUUGUCGUUCACGGCCCGCCGAGACUCCGCCUUCAACUUGGGCCCAAAAACUUCCUCACCAAUGCCGCCAACGCCUCCGAAUUCCGGGUUUUCAUCUCCACAAGCGGCCCGGCCACUCUUCAAGGUCCUUGUGGCUCUGAGCAAAUUGAGGCCAUCACCGACCUGCUUUCUCCAGAAUCGCAGCUGAUCUGCCAGCUGGAUUUCAACCCUGGCAUCCUGGAUAUUCCAGCCAGCAAAAUAUUCCACAUCCAGCCGGCAUUUUACCCAGAUAAAGGGCUCUACGCUUGCCUGGUGACGGUGAAAGCCCACCCCGAGGAGGACCUGCUGGCGCUCAGCACAGCCGAGGGCUUCGUGGACGUCUCCGCCGCUCUCGGCAGCGAGCGAAGCCCAGAAACCCCAAACCGGGUCACGGUUCCGUUUUGGCCCGCCUUCUUCCUCAACCAGAGCGAGAUUGUCCUGAGCAGCUCACAGAUGACCAGUGAAAUCUUGGUGUUGGGGGCCAGGAGGGUGACGGAAGCCAUCGAGGCCCAUCCCACGUCUCCUGUGGUACAAGUGGACGCCCCCCUCUUCCUCCCGGACAUGCCCGGGCUUGUCCUCUUCGCCGUCCGCGUGGUCAACCUCACCUCCCUCCACCGGAGGGCAGCACCGGUCUUCGUCAACCUCUCCUGCAGCCUCACCGGCCAGCGGGCGGCUGUCCUGGUGCGGCCGGAGCAGGAGCAACCUCUCGGCUUUGAUCUCUGCGCGGAGGCCAGCCUCGUCCGGCAGCUGGUGGGCUCCUACCAGGUCCUCCUCUUCACCGUCUUCGCCGUCCUGGCGUCCACCAUGGUCAUCUUCCUCAUUUACAAUGCCUUCCUCAACAGAGUCCAGACCGUCCCAGUGGUCUACAUCCCGUCGGCCUCAACGCAGGACGGCUACCUGUACCCUCCUCCGAGUGCUCAGCACCAGCCUUCCAGCCUCAGGAACAGGACCCAGGCCUGGCUGUGGAGCGUGCGAAGAUGACUUUCGAGAAGAAGGCGGCGGGCAAGAGUAAAACCCGUGAACUUUU